AAAAUAGAACCAAUCAAAUUAAAUCUUCAACGCCCGUUUUCAUUAGUCUCUGACGCGGUUACAAAAUUAUACGACUUAUCUUUGUUUUGUCUUAUAAAUUAUUUAUCUAUUUUUGUCGUUAAAAAAUAAGAAAAAAAAUGCCUGAGAACGUGCUGAAUGCGGAUAAUGCAACUGAAGUGAAUGGUGGUAGUGGUGAACCUCAUGAAACUGAUGAUGAACCUGGAGAAGAUGAUUUACAUUUUGAACCAAUAGUAUCUCUACCUUUGAUUGAAGUGUCAAAUAAUGAGGAAGAUGAAGUAGAAAUGAUUAAAUUGAGAGCGAAACUUUAUCGUUAUGAUUCGUCAAAUAAUCCAGCAGAAUGGAAAGAACGUGGAACUGGAGAAGUAAAAUUAUUGAGGCAUCAAACAAAAAAUACAGUACGAGUUGUAAUGCGUAGAGAUAAAACAUUAAAGAUUUGUGCAAAUCAUUUUAUAACACCUUGGAUGGAAUUAAAACCAAAUUGUGGCAGUGAUCGAGCUUGGGUUUGGAGUGUUCUUGCAGAUUUUGCUGAUGAACUAAUUAAACCAGAACUUCUUGCUAUUAGAUUUGCAAAUGCGGAGAAUGCAACUCUUUGGAAGGAAACUUUUGAAAAAGCAAAAAAAAUAGUAGGUUCUGAAUGUGAAAUUUAUUCUGGCAAACCAAAUCCAGAUUAUAAAAGUGAUACCGAUAGUGAUAGCUGUAGCGAUGUAAGCUAUGAAGAAAGUGACGAGGAUGAUUUAAAAGAAUCUAAAAACACUAAGGAAAAUGAUGAUGAUAAUAAUCAAGAUGUAUCGAAAGAUGAAACAAAAUCCAAAGAAAUUCACGAUGAUGACAACGAGACCAGGGUAAAAAUUACAGAAGACGUUACUCAUGAGCUAGAGAAGCUCACGGUAAAAAGUGAAUAGAAUAAUUAUUUAUAUAUAAUUGAAAUAGUAAAUUAUGAAAAAUUUAUAUAUAUAUUUGGAACAAGCAUUCCAGUAUGCAUAUUCGCACGCACAAAAAAAAAUGUACGUCGUACACUCACUCUCAUAAAAAAAAAAAAAAGAAACUGCAAAACAUUUUUUAUACGAAUAAUAAUCAUUAUUCAAAAUUAAUGAGAAAAAAAUCAUAAGAUUCGUACCAUUCAUUUUUUUUUUUUUUUCAUCAUCAACAAUAUAAAUAUACAAAUUGUUAAUAACAGGCAGAUUGAAUAAAUCUUCAAAUUUUUUUUUUAUUAAUAAGAUGAUAUUUAUACUGAUAUUAUACAUGGAAUCUGUGAUUUUUUUUACGAACAGAAGCGACAAAGUUUAUAUUAGAACAAUAAAUAUAUUAUUAUAGUGAGAUCUGUCAUUUAAAAGAAGAAAAAAAAUAAUAAAUAGGUUCUUAAGUAA